AUGCAUGCACGAUUUGAGCUAUUCUGGAUGCAAGCUAAGAUUAUAAAAGAAUUCCAUGGGGAUGCUAAUGUUCGAUAUGCUUGGCUUCCUUUAAAUAAAAGAGAAUUAUCUACAAUGAUGGAGUAUGGGCUUGGGCGUUGUCCACUACGUGCAACCAAAUGCACAUACGGAAUUGGUGUUCAUCUUGCAGCUAUGACUUGCCCUUAUGCCAGUGCUCGUUAUUGUGAUACUGAUGAAAAUGGUGUUCGACACUUGGUCCUUUGUCGUUUAAUAAUGGGGAAGAUGGAGCCUCUUCGUCCUUGCACUAGCACUGGCACUUACAAUGGUCAGUUUCAACCCAACAGCUUCAAAUAUGAUAAUGGGGUGGAUGACAUUCAAUGUCCAAGAACCUACACAGUAUGGAAUGUGCAUAUAAACACCCACAUCUACCCUGAAUUUGUUGUUAGUUUCAAGGUCUUCGGUCAUCUUGAAGGUCAUUUUUGUGGAAAUGUGGGAGAGAAUAAUCUUUCUAGGGCCAAUUCUUUUGGGGUCAAUUCAUAUAGUCAUGGUUUUGGUGACUUGUUACAAUCAGCCUCUAUAGUGGACAAUGGAAUAAUUUCGAAUGGGAUUGUCAACACUCAAAAAAUUCCAAAAUCUCCUUGGUUGCCUUUUCCAAUGCUUAUAACGGCUAUCACUGACAAGGUUUCUCCUAGUGACAUAAGUCUUAUAAAUGCACAUUAUGAAUUCUACAAGGCACAACAGAUUUCUCGUGGUGAUUUUGUAAAGGGGUUAAGGUUAAUAGUUGGAGAUACUCUAUUAAGAGCUACAAUAGAAAGUUUUCAAUUCCGGAUACCAUCAAAUGGUGAUUUGGAAGGCUCAGACUAG